GUAGUCGAUAGAUAUUCGAUAGAUGCGUCGUAGGACGAAUUUCGCACCAAUUCUACGUUACCACAGUAGCACUUGCACAUGUGUCGCCGCAGCAGGGCUGCAAGGACUUGUUAAGUACCACGCAAUCGGAACAAAUCUCGGAACCUAUUAUAGGCUGGCAUAACCAUAACGGAAUUCUGGUGAUUUAAUUACUGGCAAACGCACCGGAUUCUACCAAAAACCUAAAGUUCUAUUUCCAACCCAGACAUGAUCACUCGUACGAUCAAAUGAGCGUAUAUGAUCGAUCGUAUUUUUUAAAUCAUAUUUCAAAGAAAAUGUGAAAAACUGAUCACCAUUAAAUUCUGUAGAAAAUAGCGUAAUGAGAAACGCUGGGUAAACCCUGUGCGUAAUCGUGUAGUGGGCAAGAUCAGUUGUAGUUUUUUUGAACGGUAAAUGUGUUUGACUUCCAAUUUUGACUGCGUUUAAAAAUUAACUAAAACAACAAAAAAAUAAUUAGCUAUUUCAUUAUCACUAGUUACAUUGGCCAGGAUACAGGGCUGCGUAAAUAAAUUUCAAUGAUCCCUUUUACCCUUACGAGUACGUAGAAAAUAAUGGCCUCUCAACCCAAUUAAAAUGAGAUACUAAUAACGAUCCAUUAAGAGACCUAAAAUCAAAACCAAACUUAUACUGAUCCUCACACCAAUCCGCUACAUAUUCUAGUUCAAGAACUGCACAUAACCUAAGCCGGUCCUGAAUCUGAUACUGAACUUAUACCGAUCCUGGAAUCGAUCAUGAACCCAUACCGGUCCUAGAACCAAUCAUAAACCCAUACUGGUCCUGGAGCCGAUUAUGGUUCCUUACUGGUACUGGAGCCGAUCAUGAUUCUAUACCGGUCCUGGAACCUGUUAUGAACCCAUGAGGGUUCUGGAAUCGACCAUGAACCCAUACUGGUCCAGGAGCCUAUCAUGAACCCAUACCUACCUUGGAACCAUUCAUGAUCCCAUACCUGGCCUGGAACCAUUCAUGAUCCCAUAUUGGUCCUGGAGCCGAUCAUGAACCCAUACCUACCUUGGAACCAUUCAUGAUCCCAUACCUGGCCUGGAACCAUUCAUGAUCCCAUAUUGGUCCUGGAGCCGAUCAUGAACCCAUACCGGUCCUGAAACUGAUACUGAACUCAUACGUGCCCUGGAACUGAUAUUGAAUCCAUACCGGACCUAGAACUGAUAUUGACCACAUACCGGUCCUGGAACCACUCAUGAAUCCAUAUCAGUCCUGGAACUGGUCAUGAACCCAUUCUGAUCCAGAAAUAGCUCCCGAUUUCAUUUAUUUUCUACAACAGUUCCUGGAACUGUUGCGGAUCCGGAUUCGGAACGAUACUUGAACCGGGUAUGUUACCGAUACAAUGUGUCCGGGAAUUGAUGCAGUAAAUAUUUCGAUGCAGUCCACGAGCCCAUCAUGCUGAAAACCAUAUACCUCUCCCAGCAGCGGCAAUUUAAAAACCUCGGUGUAGACCCGUCUAGUACUGCAUCUAGCCGGACCGUAUGCAGCUUAGAAGGUGGUUUAAACGACCCUUAAGCCCAUUGCAUUUGCAGAUGCGUUUACUGCCCGGUCGCUUCAGUUGCGUUACAUUCAUCGUUCAAGUUACACAGACAGUUAGCUGCUCACCGUCAUUCGCCGAUUUGCUUCGUACUUAUGUGCCGUUUGUUUUGUACCUUUUUAUAUGCAGUCAAAUAAAACUGUAAACUUUAAACGCACAGGAUGGGACGUCUUAAAGGCCGAGCUAGGCAGAGCAAAGAAGAGCUAGGCAAGAAAGCUUGCAUUCGCGAGCAUAAGCGAUUGAUGAAGAUGAACGUUUAUUACGAUCAUCUGCGCCAGCUGCUACACAUUCCAGCAAACACCUCGAAAGUCCUCACACUUGCUCAUACUGCAAUGUAUAUCGAUGUACUUGAGUUUGUUUUGAAUACGGGUGUCAACGCAAAACGCAACGAUGCGACUGAGGAGACCGCCGAAAAGUCAAGCGCUGAGCCAGCGAUGGACUGCAACGGGGAGACAGCGUUCCUGUUGCGUGAUGGCUUUCGAGCCAUUCUUCCUGCGGAUGACCAACAAAUGCCUUUGACCGAACUGCUCCAUAAGUAUCCGUACAUACAGAAGCUGCUGGUCGGCGUACCAAGCGUGCCGCCGGAACCAGCAAACCAGCUCGACGACGAUGACUGUAAUGUAUACGACCAAAUAUUUCCAUCGCUCGUUGAGGUUCAGGUGGCAGGUUUGAAGGCAGAGUGUGAAGAACAGCCCGUAACUGAUGAGAAAGUAAAUGAGCAAAUCUUUACCGACCCGACCCCUGCCACUUCAAAUCUCGGCGAAAAGAACUCCGAACAAUUUUUAAUAAAACACUCCGCCCAAAUGCAAAGCCUACGAUUGGCACCGUGGAAAGCGUCCAACAACCACGAGCUCGAAUGUUUGCUGAUGAGUGAAAACGAACAGGACUUGGGACUUGUAUUGCCCACCUUUCCGUCGCUCGUAAGCAGCAUUCCAGCUCGUCGGGAGGGUGAAACGUCCUGCCCGAACGUGGCACCACCCGUACUGCAGCUAAACGAGGACACACUUACCCUGGAACCGCACGAAAGUGAGUGGGAUUUGCCUGAGGAUGUUUCAGAGUUUCUGCUCGAACAAUGGAAUUUGGACAUGGAGCGUUCUCUGGAACUAGCCAUGGAUUAUUAGACAAAGUACUCAUAAAUGUGAUCCAAUGGAUCGCAAAGGUAAAAUUGCGUGAUCUCCAUCGUGCCAAGUAGAGAAUGUAUUUCUUGCCAUAACAAUUUGUUCUUUUUUGACAACCUCGCAAACGAGCGGUAAUUUUAAAUUAACGGUCACAGCAUAAUCAAGUGCUUUCAGGUUUUUUUUUUGUAAGUCUGUGAUUGUGUUGUGAAGAGGGACAGGGUAAUUGUAAAUUGACCAACUUGCUUGUGUAUUUAAAGGGAAACGGUACGGCUAUAUUGUACUUAAACCCGUUUUUCAUAUUUAUUGAAGCUUAAUAUUCCAUUAAUUUUACCUACAAGCCACAAAGAUUCGACGUAUUAUUGAUACAGUAAACACAUUCCCAGGAAAAAAAACGAACAAUAGUAUUUGCUCACAGACACAAUUGCCAGUAUUAAUCAUGAUUAUUUUAAUUGCCCAAUAUUCCUCACAUUCGAUCAAAAUUCGUGAAAGUGCAGUUCACUCCAUAUGUAGUUCGCGAACGGUAACUUUCGUCAAAUUGCUGUUUUUGGAUUUAUGGAGCUAAAAUUUAAAAAUCAUCAAAUUUGCCAUAGAUCAAAUUGACUAAAUACUAACUUACUAACAUAUUUAGUAGUUUCUUUUCUUUUUUCAAGUGAUUGAAGUUUGAUAGUUUUUCACGAAGUUUUCUCAACCUUUAUUUUUACCUUUAAGGUUUUCUCAAUUUUUAAACUAAUCCUGUCUACCAAAUGACUAACAAAAUAUGUUUCAAUGAAGCAGUUUCAUAUUUAAUUUUAACAAAACAUCUGUUCAAACCCGCAACAUAACGAAAUGGCACUUUUCUCUACUGAUAAACAUGAAAAUCUGUAGCUUAAAUUCAAAAUUUGGCGCGAACUAUGUAUUGAUAUGAAGGUUAAAUUUGGCAUUUUUUUCUAAUGAAAAGACGUUGAAACAUGAAAUGAAGGACAUUUUUAACAAUAAUGCAAGUAAAAAGGCGGUAAGAAAAGCGCCGAACGAUAAGAUUUGGAAAAAAAUUAGUUAACGGACGAUUCUAGUCCCUGUUCUAAAAUUGUUCUAAAAUAAUUUGGUAUUUCGAUCGUGAUGUCGUGCAGAUUGCAUACUUUUGGGUGCUAUUUAAACAGGGCAGAUUGCCGUUGCUAAAAAUUACAAAGUACAAGUUAAAAUUCAGGUUUUUAUGAAACGAUCAAAACUGUAAGCAGUAAAAUU